CUACAAUCUGUUUUUGUCAUCUAUUCUUUGCGCGGUUCUUUCUUUUGUCUCCGCUCGUACCCCUGAUGGAUCACUGCGAUUUAACUGACAUGUCUCAACCUACUGUUUAUGUUUCUGGUUGUUCGAAGAUCUUGGAUGAUGGUGAAGAGCUAGUAAUGGAUAAAUCUGCUUACCGGCUUUAUUCCAAACUAGAUCUUGAAUCUUCUUGCCUUAGUUUCGAUAUUAUUCCUGAUAACUUAGGUAACAAUAGAAUCUGUGAGGUUAACGGUGAAUCCGUUUCAUUAUAUCUUUUGGUCGGUUCACAAGCUUGCAGGAGGUCUCUCAACAAGCUUUCCAUUCUGCGCUUGGAAGGCAUAAGUCCAAUGACAAAGAAUGACCCUGAUUCUGAAUCCACUGAAGAUGAUGAAUCUGGUAGUUCAGACAACGAGAAUUGUGAACAGGAAAUUGAAGCCGCAUCGAUUAGACACAAUGGUACUGUUAAUCGCGUCAAGUCUCUAUUACUUUCUGAUCGAUAUUUUGCCGCCUCCUGGUCUGAUGUCGGUCAUGUUUGUAUCUGGGAUCUUAGUCGACCUCUUCUCGCAGUUAAUGAUUCUGCAACAAUGUCCGAAUACGUCAGGAAUAAUGAGUCUCCCUCCCCUGUAAUUUCAUUUAAGGGUCAUAAUGGCGAAGGUUAUGCUUUAUCAUGGAAUAAACACCCGCUAGCGAAUGGUUACCUUGCCUCAGGAGAUUGCAAAGGGUCCGUGUAUACAUGGACUCCU